AUGGAAAACAUCUGGGUGCUGUUGCUCUUUGCCCUGAAUCUGAAAACCACCUGCUCCACCUUUGUCAGCGUCAACCAUGGACUAAAAGUGAUGAAGGGUCAGUCUGUCUUCCUGUCACAAAAGGACUUGGAAUUUUCCUUCCCUAGAGAGAAGGAUGUAUGUAAAAUAGAAGUGGUGAUGAAUGAGCCAAUCACCCAGAGGGUUGGGAAGCUGACCCCCCAGGUAUUUGACUGCCAUUUUCUUCCCAAUGAAGUCAAGUAUACUCACAAUGGGUGCCCAAUUCUUGAUGAAGACUUUGUCAUGCUGAGGUUAUACAGAUUUACAGAAGCUGAAACUUUCACAGAAAUAGUCACCCUUCUUGUAAAGAUACUUGAACCAGAUUGUAAUAUUAUCAAGAUAAGCUCCAGUGCUUUGGAGGUCCCUGAGUUUCAUGGCCUGUCUAACAUAAUUAACAAGAACAUAAUCACUUUGGACUACAACAGGAAGAUAAACCUGGAAUGCACUAUAAGCUUGAACUCUUUAGAGACCUUUCUCCCAGCCCACGGGCAACUUGUUAUUGGGGAAACCAAAGAAGAAGAACCUAGAGGAGAUCAGCCACAGAGCUCCUUCCAUACACCCAGCCUGAAGAGAGUUCAGAAUAUUAGAGUGAGCUGUGAUGAGUUUCUUCUGAUGGGACUUAGAUACCAACAUUUGGAUCCUCCUUCACCUAAUAUUGAUUACAUUUCCAUCAGGCUGGAUCUCACUGAUACCAGAAGCAAGACUUUGUACAAGUCUGAGUAUGCUUGGCUUCCUGUUCAGAUCAAAAGUGCAGUUUCUAACCAGGCCCCCCAACCUGCCUUCAUGGCCAUGCUCAUCUUAGAAGCAGACCAAUUCAUUUUGAGUCCCCUAUCGACAGCCAUAUUGGAUGCUGAAGAUAGUGAAACACCCAAAUCUCUGCUGGUCUUUAACAUCACCCAGCCACCCCAGGAAGGCUUCAUUACGCACCUGCAAGACCACACUAAACCUGUGUCAUCCUUCACAUGGACCAGCCUUGAUAAUAUGCUUAUUGCAUAUCAGCCUCCAAACAGCAGCCAUACAGAGAGGAGAAAUUAUGAGGUGGAAUUUGAGGUUCAUGAUUUGUACUUUGAAAGAAGUGUGCCAAUUACUCUUUAUAUCUCCGUGAGAACAGCAGAUACAAAUGCACCAAGGGUUUCAUGGAACAUGGGUCUUGACCUCCUGGAAGGUCAGUCUCGCCCUAUAACAUGGGAGCAGCUUCAGAUUGUAGACAACGAUGAUAUCAGUGGGGUUCGCAUAGUCCCUGUGGAUGGGUUACAACAUGGGCAACUUACCGUAAGAGGAGGAAAAGGAUUCAUGUUCAGUGUCUUGGAUCUUAAGACUGGAGUUGUUCGUUACCAUCAUGAUGACAGUGAUUCCACCAAGGACUCUAUUGUCUUCAGGAUCUUUGACAGCCACCACAGUAGCCGCCACAGGUUUCCAAUCAAUAUUCUGCCCAAAGAUGACAGCCCCCCUUUUCUCAUUAGUAAUGUUGAAAUAGAGGUUCAUGAAGGAGAAACAAUCCUGAUCCAAAGCUCAAUGCUUCAAGCAUCUGAUGUGGACUCUAGCGAUGACUACGUCCUCUUCAAUAUCACCAGAUCACCACAAGCAGGAGAAAUAAUGAAGAAACCUAAAACAGACCUUCUUGGUUAUCCAGUCACUAAAUUCCUUCAGAGAGAUCUAUUUAAUGGGAUAAUUUAUUACCAUCACUUAGGAGGAGAAAUAUUUGAAGAUUCAUUUGAGUUGGUUCUGUGUGAUAGCCAUGAUCCUCCCAAUCUUUCAGAAAUUCAGAUAAUAAGAGUACGCAUAAUUCCUGUGAAUGAUCAGCUGCCAAAAGAAUCUUCAGGAACAAAUCGCUAUCUGACUGUCAAGGAAACAGAGAUUGCUCAUUUAACAAAGAAACAUCUUGGUUACAUAGACACGGAAACCCAGGAAGGGGAGCUAAUAUACUCCAUAACGUCUCCCCCAUUCUUCUCUUCUGCACAUUACCACACAGAUGCUGGAAAAUUGUUCAUGGCAGAUAGUAUUCCUAAGCUCAUCAAGGAUCCUUCUACUCCAUCACUGACAUCAUUCACUCAGCAUGCCAUAAACCACAUGAAAGUUGCCUAUAUGCCACCCCUGGAAGACAUUGGUCCUGAACCUCAAUAUAUCCAGUUCACAUUUUCUGUCAGCAAUCAACACGGUGGAACUUUGUAUGGGAACUGUUUUAACAUUACUGUUCUUCCAGUGGACAAUCAGUCUCCAGAGGUGCUUACACACAGCUUGAAAGUAAAAGAAGGAGGCCUGAGCACCAUUACCAAAGACCAUAUUUUGAUUUCAGAUGUGGACACCAAACUGGAAAACAUACGUAUCCAACUCCUUGGGCUUCCUCUUCAUGGGACUGUUGAGUUAGAUGAAGUUCCUAUGAAUCAAAGAGAUUGGCUGACCUGUGAAGACUUGCAGAUGUCCAAAGUCAGGUACCACCAUAAUGGUUCAGAGCUUCCACAAGAUCAUAUUCUUUUUGUGGCUACAGAUGGCAUCAAUUCCUUUGAAUUCAUUCUCCAUGUGAAGGUAAUUCCUGUAAAUGAUGAGGCCCCGGUGAUGAAUGCUGACCUCAUUCCCUUCAUGCAGUGCCCAGAAGGACAGGCAGUGCCCAUCACUUCAGAGAACCUCUAUGCAACUGAUAAAGAUAGUGAAGAACUGCAGCUGAUGUUCAUGGUUGCACGACCUUCUAAGCAUGGGGUUGUGAAGAAAGGUGGACUUGUGAUAGAUCGCUUUCUCCAAGCUGAUAUUGUUUCUGGAACAGUGACAUAUGAACAUACAAGUGGUGAGAUUGGCUUAGCUCCUAUAUUUGAUAUUCUUACCUUUAUUGUGUUGGAUGAUGAAAUUGGUCCUGAUGUAAAGGCCUGUUGUGAUGAUAAGUCUCCAUUUUUUCCUGUGCCACAUCAUAAAUCCUUUCCAGUAUAUGAUAUUAAUAUCACAAUAUUUCCAGUCAACAACCAGCCACCAUCAAUUGCCACUGGACUUGUGUUUGCUGUGCUGGAGGGUGCCUCAGCAGUUAUCACAAGUAAACACUUGUAUGCCACUGAUCUUGACACCAACGCAGAUGACUUACAGUUUGUUUUAACGUCACCUCCCCAGUUUGGGUACAUAGAAAAUAUAUUACCUUCACCUGGUUUUGAGAAAAGCAAUGCAGGAAUAAGUAUAGCCUCAUUUCAAAUGGAAAAUGUGAGGAAGAUGCAUAUUAACUAUGUUCAGACCAGACACAGGAGAAUUGAACCAACCACAGACCAAUUUAUGCUGUACGUCACUGAUGGAAAACAUCAUUCAGUGGAAACACCAUUUUAUGUCUUAAUUAACCCGAGCAAUGAUGAAGUACCAGAAUUCAUGGCAAGGAAUAUUACAGUGCAAGAGGGACAGAUGAAGGAGUUGGAUCCAUCUGUAAUCAAUGCUGUUGAUCUGGAUGUACCAGAAGAUAUCCUCAUGUUUACUGUCCUUAAACAGCCCCAGCAUGGAUUUCUUGUUAAGGGAGUAUAUGGCAAUGAUAUCUCCCAUUAUAGGCAAGCAAUUAUUAGUCACCAGCACCAUGAACUUAAUGUGGAUGGAUUCUCCAUGGAGAUUUUAAAAAAUGGAUUGAAGCUUGUGUAUCUACAUGACGACUCCGACAGCCUGGCUGAUGACUUUUCAAUCCAGCUGUCAGAUGGGAAACAUAAAGUAUCAAAAACCAUUUCAGUUGAGGUUAUCCCAGUUAAUGAUGAGAAGCCAAUGCUGACCAGAAAGGGUAAGAUAGAGGUGAAUAUGGGGGAAGCUCAAAUAAUUUCUAGUGCUGUUUUGUCAGCUGAAGAUAAAGAUACUCCUCGGGAACAAAUUUAUUAUCUAUUUGAGAGAGUUCCAGAAAAUGGACAUCUUCAGCUCAAGGUAGGUCAUGAUUGGGUGACAUUGUACAAAGGGAUGAAGUGCACCCAGGAGAAUAUAGACCUGAACACUGUGAGGUAUAUACACACUGGAGUUCUUGGAUCAAAUGAUGAAGACAGUUUCACCUUUCAUCUUUGGGAUGGAACCCACAGAUCUCUAGAGGUGGUUUUCCCUGUUGCUAUUAAAGAUGUGGAAAAGGGAAACAUUGCAGUGUUUAUGAGGCCCCUCACUGUGUUGAUGGGUGACAAAGGCCUCCUGAUGACUGAUGUCCUCCUUGCAGUUGAUGGUACCAAGAAGCCAGAGGAGCUACUCUAUGUGAUUACUUCCCUACCACAGUAUGGACAGAUAGAAUAUGUCAGCUAUCCUGGAAUUCCCAUUACAAGUUUCAGCCAAAUGGAUAUAGCAGGGCAGAAAGUCUGCUAUGUCCACAGUAAUAAAGCAGCUUCCUCCAGAGAUACAUUCAGAUUCAUCAUCAGCAAUGGACUAAGAACUAAACAUGGAGAGUUUGAGAUCAUCUUGGAGACAGUGGAUCGAGCUUUACCAACCGUGGUCAAGAACAAGGGCCUAAGACUGUUUGAAGGCAGCAUGGCAUUCCUUUCUGCAGAUAUUCUCCAACUUUCAGACCCAGAUACACCACCACAAAAUCUUUCCUUUCUCCUAACACAGCUCCCACAAUACGGUCAACUCUAUAACAGGGAAACUGGAUUAUGGCAGCAAAACUUCAGCCAGCAAGAUGUGGACAAUCUGAAUGUAGCAUAUAGACAUGGAGGAGGUGGUUCUCGGUUGGACAGAUUUACAUUUACAGCAACAGAUGGAGUGAAUCAAGGCUUUCUUGUAAAUAACAAGCUGCAAGUAGACCCCUUGCCAUUUAUUAUUCAGGUGGAUAGCCCAGCAAACACAGCACCAGAAAUUAUUCAUCUUCAUAGAGUUUCAGAUGUGGAACUUUUGAACAAUGGCAACUAUGGGAUCUACAUUACAAUGCGGUCAUUGAAAGCAUCAGAUUGUGAUACCGAAGAUGAUCAAAUUAUUUUUAAAAUUUUACGAGGACCUCAGUAUGGUUACUUGCAAAAUAUAACAACAGGAGGAGUUAUUCAGGAACAAUUCAGCCAGAAAGAUUUAAAUAGCAGAAUCAUAUUUUAUGUCAUUGAUCCUUACUGGGAAGAGAAUUCAGAUGAUUUGGAGUUUCAGGUUACAGAUCCUGAAGGACAUUCUGCUCCCCCCCAAAUGCUGGAACUGAAAUGGUCUAAAAUCGAACUGCAGCAGGAUGUGUAUGAAGUGUGUGAAAAUGUGGAAUUGCUGUCUUUAAAAAUAAUCCGAUCAGGGUACAAGGGAGAUUCUGCUUUUGUGGCAGUGAAGGUUAAUGAAAUGACUGCUUUAACAGGAAAGGAUUUUAUUCUGCCUCCUUCCAAACUUAUUCAGUUUGAUCCAGGAAUGUCAACCAAGAUGUGGAAUAUAGCAAUUACCUAUGAUGGAUUAGAGGAAGACGACAAGGUCUUUGACGUGGCUCUGAUCUCCCCUGUGAAUGCUGUUCUUGGCACUCGGACAAAAGCUGUAGUGAAAAUUUUGGACUCAGAAGGAGGUCAGUGCAGCUCAUUCCGUCCCACAAGCCAAAAUAUUCAGAAUUUAUGGAUGAAAGAAACAUUGCUUCCAGGUUCCCCUUCAUCUUCCAGGCACGGCACUGUUAGUUUGGAAGGAAUCCUGCUCUCCCCUUCCAAAGAGAUGAUAGCACAGAGAAGGGAUCAGCUACCCAAGUUCAGCUCAGUGAAUACUGGAAGGAACAGGCUACGGGUCAUUGGAAAUGGCAAAAUAAUUCAUCCUUCAUUUAUGUUUAGAAAUGGCACAGAUGAGCUUUUUAAAUACCAUGGGAUGACAGGGCUAAAAGUAGAUGAGGACAAUACCUUUCCUAGAAAAACCAAGAUGGCAACCAUACCUGUAAGGAGCCAAAGAGAGCCAAGGAAAAAUGUAGCUUCCUCCAAGAAAAUGGAAGUUCUGCAAGCAGACUCCAGCAUUCUGGUUGAGAGCCUUUCAUUUUCAAAUAGAUGCACACCAAAUCUGAAGGGUCUCUUGUAUUUUGAAGAAAACAUGCAAAAGAUGUUUCUGUGCAAUGGUACUUCCUGGACAUUAUGGAAUUACUCAAACAAGGAUAUUAAAAUGAAAAUGUGUCAUUCAGGAUGGAGCUAUCAUGAUGGAAGAUGCUAUAUCCUAAUCACUGACCCAAAAGCCACAUGGGCAGUUGCUGCCCAGACUUGCAGGAAACGGUACCAUGGCCAUUUAGUAAGUGUGGCUUCCAAAUCACACAUGCAGUGGCUUUGGAAAUUCAGUGGAAAAAGGCCUUUUUGGAUAGGUUUGAAUGAUCAACGAAACCCAGGUCAGUUAGAAUGGAACAACAGGGAACGUGUUCUUUUCACAAACUGGAGAAGAGGUCCACCUCGUCUUUCAAAGCAAAGGAGGAACUGCAUUUUAGUACAGCAGCAAGGAAAAUGGCAAAGAAAGGACUGCAGGAAGGGCAAAGCAUACAGUUACAUAUGUUCCACAAAACUGUAAACAAAACCGAUAUUUAGAUACCUGCUUGGCUUUCUGUAUGGUAAAACAUAUUUAUUUUUGAGGCAGUUAGAAGUGUUGGUAGAACUUAUAAAUGGGGAGUCACCUGACCCAUUUGCAAAAAUUCUUACAUGAGGGAAGGGUUCAAAUGUGAUGCAGGAUUUUUUCCACCCCCUCUCUCUUCUCUUGCUCUCCUGUGUUUGUGAUAUAAUGGCUAUGUGUCAAGAAUCAAAUUUAUUGGUUCCAGAGUUCAUUUCUAUCUCUUUCAAGAGAUCCUAUAUAUGAAGGUGCUAGAAGGGUAACUGGGAAGAGCUCUGAGUAUAGGUAAUCCUCGCUUAACAACCACAACUGAGAAUGGAAUUUUGGUUGAUAAGUGAAGUGGUCAUCAAGCAAAUCCAACCUGAUUUUACAACCUCUUUUUGUAGUAGUCAUUAAGUGAAUCACCAUGGUCAUUAAGCAAACCAAGUCAUUAAGCAAAACAUGCAGUCCCCCAUUGCCAGAAGCCAGCUGGGAAGGUUGAAAAUCGUGAUCACGUGACCAUGGGAUGCUGUGACAGUCAUAAAUGCAAACUGGUUGCCAAGCACCCAAAUCGUGAUCACUUGACUGUGGGGACACUGUGACAGUCGUAAGUGUGAGCACCAGUUGCAAGUCAUUUUUUCAGCACCAUCAUAAGUCUGAACCAUCCCUAAACGAAUGGUCAUUAAGUGAGGACUACCUGUAUAGACAUUAUGCCAAAUGCUACUCACCAUCUUUCUUGGGUAGGUUAUUUCAUCCACCAUGAGUGUCAUGGUAAUUUAGAAAGGGAACGAUAUCCUGCUAUUCACUUGGGUCAAAUGAGGCUGAUUGCAGAUACUUCAAGCAAAAAAGUGAACAUUAUGCCAGUCCCCUUCAUGCCCAUUUCACAAUAUACUUAGAUGGAAACUUCCAACAAAUGUCAAAUGUCCAUGUAACAUAAUUGCAUCACGUUAUUCUGUGAUAAAUUUCAAUAUUUGGGGCUAAUAGGUGAACUUUCCAAUUCUUAUGGUAACAAGUUCAAAUGUGUUCACUUUCAAAUAGACUAUGAAUUAUGAAUAUAUACCCUGAAGCAUCAUAGGAUUUCCCUGGCCAUCAGUGUUAGUUGAUUUCCGUACAGAAGCAUAUUAACUUGUGCUACCACCACAGAUAAGCUCUAAGCUUUGUUUGCAUGUAAAUUUCUUUGGUAUCUCUUUUGUAGUUUUCCUUUCCUUUCCUUCCUUUCUUUCAUUAACAUUGGGAACAUUCUGAAUGCCCAUUCAACUUUCUGCAACUUUCAGAUGUAUUGAGACUGCAGUUCUCAGAAUUUUCAACCAACCUGGAUAGGAAUUCUGGGUUCUGCAGUCCCAACACAUUUUGAAGGUGCUAGACUGGGCCAGAAAAACCCAAUUUUCAGAAUCUAUGCACAUUUCCCCAUCCUCCCAUGUGGAUGAUUGCCAGGAAGAAUUGUAUUGCCACAUGGAAGGUAGAAUCUGAAGAUAAAAUCCACUUCCACAUAUAAAAUACAUGUGAAAUCCAUUUAGACAGGAAUGUGUUGUCCAAUGUGCAAUGUACACUUGGUAAUCUAUUUGGGUUAUUAUAAAAGCCUGGAACUGAAUAAACGUUCUGACAAUUUCUGAAAGGGGAAAAGGAGAUGUACUAACAAAAACUAUUUUAAAAACCCACAACAAUUCAUUCUGACAUGUCAAUAAUCCCCUAAUACUCCCUUGCAUGUAAAUCUGAAAGACUGCCCAUUAGAAAAAUAAUGUAAUUUCUUGGAAGUCAAAUUUUACUUUCCAUUAUUCCAUAUUUUACAGCCAGUUUGGUGUAGUGAUUAAGACACUGGGCUAGAAACCAGGAGACUGUGAGUUCUAGUCCUGCCUUAGGCACAAAGCCAGCUGGGUGACCUUGGGCCAGUCACUCUAUCUCAGCCCUAGGAAGGAGGCAAUAACAAACCACUUCUAAAAACCUUGCCAAGAAAACUGCAGGGACUUGUCCAGGAAGUCACCAAGAAUCAGACAUGAUUGAACGGAUUAAAAAAAAAUCCAUAUUGAUAAAUAGGUGAAAAAUAGUUAUAAAUAUACUAAACCAUUAUGGGCAUGUUUUUUUUCCCUUUCUUAGUGACACUGAAAAUUGAUUUUUUUUCUUGAAAUGUGUAUUUGGGAGGAUAGAAUGCAUCUAGAGAAAAUUGUACCUUUACUGCUGUAGGUUUGGUUUUAUUUGAACUUAAAAGUGCUAAUCUACUUUUGUACUGUAAAUGGCAUGCUUUAUGUGCUGUU